CAACAGACAGCAGGGGGCUGUGCUGCACUCUCACCCCGCGACCAACACAAAGAAACGGGCUUCAUCACACCACCUCUUUUCCCAUUUUACAGCUUAUUGCUCUUGAGUUAUUUAACUUCAGUAUAAAAACUACACAUUUUAAAGGUCUUAGAGGUUAACCGACUGAUUUAAAGAGUCUCUAAUCCUCUUAAUUUGUGGAGUUUUGUCGACUGGUGGAUACACACGAAUCUCUAUAUUGAACAUGGCAGAUGGAGAAGGUUUUGUGGUGCGUGUGAGGGGUCUGCCGUGGUCUUGCUCUGCAGAUGAAGUGCAGAGGUUCUUCUCAGAAUGCAAAAUUGCUAACAACGGCACGAGCAUACACUUCACAUACACCAGGGAAGGACGGCCAAGUGGAGAAGCGUUUGUGGAAUUUGAAGGUGAGGACGACCUGAAAAUUGCUGUCAAGAAGGACCGUGAGACCAUGGGACACCGAUAUGUAGAAGUGUUCAAGUCCAACAAUGUGGAGAUGGACUGGGUUUUGAAGCACACUGGUCCCAACUGCCCGGACACAGCAGGGGAUGGCCUUGUUAGGCUUCGUGGUCUGCCCUUCGGCUGCAGCAAAGAGGAGAUUGUACAGUUUUUUGCAGGGUUGGAAAUCGUGCCAAAUGGGAUAACAUUGCCGGUGGACUUCCAGGGGAGGAGUACGGGGGAGGCCUUCGUGCAGUUUGCUUCACAGGAUAUAGCUGAAAAGGCUCUAAAGAAACACAAGGAAAGAAUAGGGCACAGGUAUAUAGAGAUAUUCAAGAGCAGCCGUGCCGAGGUGCGCACCCACUACGAGCCCCAGAGAAAGGUGAUGGGCAUGCAGAGACCAGGCCCCUACGACCGGCCGGGUGGCGGCCGUGGCUAUAACAGCAUGGGCCGUGGGGUCUCGUUUGAGCGUGUGCGACGUGGCGGAUAUGGAGGAGAAGGCCGUUAUGGGGAUGGAGGUUCCUCGUUCCAGAGCACAACUGGGCACUGUGUGCACAUGAGAGGCCUUCCCUACAGAGCCACAGAGACUGACAUAUACAACUUCUUCUCUCCACUGAACCCGGUGCGUGUACACAUGGAAAUCGGCCCUGAUGGGAGAGUGACUGGUGAAGCUGAUGUGGAGUUUGCUACACAUGAAGAUGCUGUGGCUGCCAUGUCAAAGGACAAAGCCAAUAUGCAGCAUCGCUAUGUUGAGCUGUUCCUGAACUCUACAGCAGGAGGUGGAAGCGGUGGAUACGGAGGUCAGAUGAUGGGAGCAAUGGGGAACCAGUCAUCCUAUGGGCACAGCAGUCAGCAGAUGAGCUCCGGAUACAGCGGAGGCUACAGCAACCAGAGCAGCAUGGGAGGAUACAGUGAUUACAGUAAUCAGGGCGGAAUGGGCAGCAGUUACUAUGGUGGGGGCAGCCGUGGCUCGAUGGGGAUGAAUGGACUGAACAGCAGCAUGGGCGGAGGCUGGGGCAUGUAGCUUCUGCCACUGUGGAUUUCAGUCUGUGUGAUUGAUGAGUGACUGGUGACCAGCGUGAUUCCCGUUUGUUUGUGUGUAGUUUCCAGUUGUUUUCCUUUUGAUUUUGAGCUUUUUAUUGUUAUUGUUCUCCUAUUUUACCUUAUAUGGAGGAUCAUUUGGACUUUUUCUUUUGUUAGUUGUUUUUCUUUCAGGGCGUCUUUUACAACUUCUCAAAUCUCUGGAGGUAUUGUGUACAUUUAUGCUAAAAAAGGUGCCUGUAAAGUAGUUUAAAUGUUUUUAUAUGCACAAAUGAUCUUUUUGAAGAGUUCUGUUUUGUUUUUUUGGGAUGCUGAAGCUCUGUACUGUUCUGAAGCACGUCUGCUGGAGCACACAGGGAGGUGUAGCUAUAGCUUAAGAUGCAUGUGAUAAUUGUUUUGAUAGCUCGCUCUUCUCCCUCUGCUGUUUUUGAUUACAUUUAUUUUUUGUGAUGUGCUGCACAGAAUGAGUUCGCAUUUUCGUUUUCUGACAUGGACUGAUUUCUUUUGCUGGAGCAGUGUUUAUUAAAAUGUACAAUUCUAUAAAAACAAAGUCCAUACAUUUUAAACAUGAUUGCAAAUUUCUAAACAGUGCAUCGAGAGAGAAAACAUUAUACAUUCUAAAAUAGGCUUUUGUACUUACAGAGCAUUUGUUUAAAAAGUUAUUUGUGUUAUAAAAGAUUUUCUUCUUUUGAGUAGCGUAAGUGUGCGAACAAGUGAAUGCCAGAACAGCCUGGAAAGAGUUACAUUCAUCUCCAUAUCACACUUUUCUCUUUCUUUACUAAUCAUUGUGUCUCUGUUUUGACAUUUUUGUGUCCCAAGGACAAAUAAAAGAAUGAAUGCUUUUGUUUAAACUUC